ACAAUGCACCACUGCUGUCAUCAGGAAGUGAGGCCAACCCAGCACGUCAACAGUUGCUCAACUGUCAAGUUCCACAUGUAAAGUUUUAACAUCUGCGAGUAGUCAUGGCAGGUAACACCAAACGCCGGAGCGAAUCUGUCGUUAUACGAAGCCUAAGACGGUUAAAGGAGUUUUAUUGGCCUCCCGGCCAGAGUGAAGCCGUUUUGGACCACGGAGAGGAAGAACCCGGUUUUUUGGAUUGUUUACCGGUGGAUGUGCAGUUCCAUAUCAUGACCUUGUUGUCAUCUGUGGACAUCUGUCGCCUGGGAGCAACCAGCCGCUACUGGAGGGCCUUGGUCUGAGACCCGCUGCUGUGGAGGUUCUUCCUCCUCAGGGACAUGCCCCACUGGUCCUCCAUCGAUCACUUAACGAUGCCGCGAUUGGAGGCACCGGUCGUGGGUGACGAUGCAGAAGAGGGCGACUAUGACAGGAUGGACACAAAAGUCGACUACAUGGCGGAGUACCUGAAAGGAUGCCCGUCGUGCAGAAAGAGGUGGCUUCCUUCGUGGCCACCAUACAGAAUAUUGACGGCCUUCCUGCAGUCUCUGGUGCCCUCAGCUGAGCCGCGUUACGCUAUGUUCGGGCCUGGCAUGGAGCAGUUGGAUGUCUCUAUCGUCACCAGGCUCAUGCACGCCUCUGAUGUUCUCCCGGUGUCAGUCAUCCCAAACAGUCAGGUGAACGGACCUUCGGUGAUCGGCUCUGGCAUCAGUUACAUGUUCAACAACCAACACAAAUUCAACAUCUUUACUCUUUACUCGACAAACAAGGCUGAGCGGGACCGCGCCAAGGAAAAGAAGCUGUACAUGAGUGGAAAACUCUUCUCUCUAGUGGGAAGCGAUGACUCCGGGCGUCCAGUCUACUCACCGGCCCAACAGGUGCAGCAAGUGUGCCAGGUCGUGGAAGGGGUCAUCUAUGUGGCUAACGCCGAACCGGGCAGAGGUGAGGGGGAAUCUGAGGGGUCUCAGAUCAAGGCCGUGCUGAGCUCCAAAUCCAAACCCCUACUGGUGCUCUCGUGCAUCUCCAGAGAGGAAAGUCAAUCAGUUGGACCCGGCAGCCUGCGAACCAGGCGUCGAACCCCCUGUGUUGACAUGGCGAAGAGACUCGGCCUGCCGCAAUUGCUGAAUCCCUGGAUGGUGCAGGAUACGGUUGCGGAAUCCCUGUCGGGUCUUCUGGAUGGCAUCUCUUGGUUGCUGAGAUCCUCGGGUGUCAAAGUGUAAAGUUGUACGGUAGCUAGCAUAAACCCAGCCAUGGAUGUCAAAUACGUUAGGCACAAAAGGAAUUGAGUAGUUAUAAGCAUAAACACAUGAGAAGUAUUUUUGAAAACUCUGUUUAACUGGUUUGUUACAACAGUUAAUACAGUCGCAUUUAUUGAAACAAA